AUGCCGUCGAGAGCGCUGCGGCGCAGACUCGCACGCUACGUGCAUGGCAGCACGGCGCCAGUGGAGGUGCGCGCUCUGCCCGAGCGCGGCCGAGGAGUCAUCGCAACAGCGGGCGCCGCGGCUGGUGCGACCGUGCACGCUGCCACGCCGAUGAGCCAGGUGCUGAAGCACCAGCCAGCAGACGGGCCGCCGCUCUGCCGCGAGUGCUUCAGACCGCUUCCCAGUGGCGCUGACCUAUGCUGCAGCGCGUGCGAGGCCUCUUUCGAGGCACGCGGCGGUUCGCUGCUGGCGCGCGUCGACCUGAGCGCGAUGAUGGCACUGACCGAGGGACGGAACUUCCCGCUGCACGUCGCAUCGCUCCUCGCCGGCCUUCUCGCAGAGGUGAGGGCGUGCGGCGGGCUGCCGCAGGUCUGGGCGCCACUGGACCUGUGCUUUGCAGAGCUGGAGCCGGAGUCUCACCCGCAGACGGACGCGGAGCACGCCGCACUCGCGUCGGCCUUUGUCGCCGCGGGCGUGACCAACCAGCAGACGCUCGAGCUGCUGCUGCCGCUCUCGCGCUACCGCCGGCUGCUCGGCGCCGCGCAGCUCAACGCGUUCGAGCUCCGCCUCUCGCACGGCGCGGUGGUGUCUGCGCUGCUGCCCGGGGUCGCGUCCUGCUUCAACCACAGCUGCGAGCCCAACGUGCUCAUCUCGUGCGGCGAGAGCACGCACGUCGCCUUUGUCGCGGGCGGCGAGGUGUGCGCUGGAGCCGAGCUGCUCAUCAACUACGUCGACUACGACUCCUCCAGAGAGGAUCGGAGGCACCUGCUGCGACACAAGUAUGGCUUCGACUGUAAUUGUGUUAGAUGCGCGAGUGGUCUGUGA